AACUUUCAGUUGUUGCAGGAAAAGAGGAGAUGCUGACUCAGCUAGUUUUGGGAUGGACUGCCUUGCUCAGUGGCCUCCAGCCGGCUGGCUCCUCUAUCACAAGCAGAUUUCCAUCUGGCAGAGACAGCAGGUGGUCAGCUCGGAAAUGUGAAGUCUUCAUGGCUCCUCCUCCUCCACCACCUCUGUUUCCUACAGUCAAACUGAAAGCAGAGCUGAUGGUUGAUAUAACAGAACACAUCACGGGACUGAAAGGGGAAAAGGGCUGCAGAGGAACAAGAGGACCCAAGGGCCAACCUGGUGUGAUGGGUCCAGAGGGAGAACCUGGAACACAAGGAUACAUGGGACAGCCAGGUCAAAAGGGGGAGAAGGGUGACAGAGGCUGGAGGGGCCUGUAUGGAGACAUAGGAACUCCUGGGAUGAUAAAGGGCAGCAAAGGGCGUAAGGGAUUCAGGGGGGAUAAAGGUAUGAAAGGACACAGAGGACCCAGUGGAGAGACGGGUGAGCGUGGCACCACUGGAGCGCCAGGAGAGAAGGGUGACCCAGGUCUGCGGGGCGAUGCAGGGCGAAGGGGUGAGCAAGGACCCAGAGGAAAACCUGGUGGCAGAGGAACCAUGGGUUUGAUGGGAUCUCGUGGACCUACAGGAAAGCUGGGUCGUCCUGGUCCUGCAGGACUGCGUGGUCGGACUGGAGAGCCUGGACUACCAGGGCAAGUGUACAUCCUACCAGGCCUGCAGGGAGACGCAGGAAACCGAGGUCCUCCAGCCAAAUGCAACUGUUCACAGGUUCAAAGCCCACAACGUUUGUUGGGCAGAGUCCCGACGAUCUUUAUUGCAGAUGGAGAGAGACAGAUGAGGAGGCUGCGGGGAGAGAACGUGAUGGUGCUGCGGACAGACAGAGAAGCUCUGUACAUCUACACCGAAUCUCAAUGGAUCAACGUACUGGAGUACCCCAGAUACUGACCCCACUCCAUUCAACACUGGCUGGAGUGCUCUUGACCAAAACCUCGAACCCCAACUGUUUAGUGGCCAGCAGCUCAGACUGUUGCUGGGAAGCUUCCAAAGUGAAUGUGUGUAAAGUAAUGAAUGCGAUCAGAUCAAACCUAUUCAUGUUAAAUAAAGGUUGUCCUAUCCUCUGU